AUGGGUAGCAAAUUUAGAGUCUUACCGAGGAUAAUUUCGCAGUCAGGGCCAAAAAGCAGUGCCUCUUUGAUAUGGCUACAUGGUUCAGGUGACACUGGGUCUGGUUUGUUGGAAUGGAUAAACAUGGUCUGGAAGGAAGAUUUUAAGUUUCCACACAUUAAAUUAAUAUUUCCAUCAGCUGAUCCUAUUCCAUACACUCCUAAUAAUGGUCAGGUAUCUACGGUGUGGUUUGAUAGAGGCCAAAUUUCACCCUUUGUGCCAGAAAACUUGCCAUCUAUAGAUGCUUCAGCUACAAAGUUGAAUGAGUUGAUCCAAGCAGAAGUUGAUGGUGGAAUUCCACUUUCAAGAAUUGUCAUAGGUGGUUUUUCUAUGGGUGGUGCAAUGGCCUUACAUCUAGUCUACAGGUAUCAGAGACAGGUCGCAGGCUGUUUUGCUCUGUCAAGCUUUUUAAAUAGAGACUCUUUAGUAUACAAGGAAGUUGAGAAUGUCCAAGACAAAUCAUCCCUUCCCCCAUUGCUUCAGUGUCACGGGACCAGAGAUGAACUAGUUUUGUUUGAUUGGGGAGCAGAGACAUUCAGAACAUUAACAAACUUAGGCAUUUCUGGAGAGUUUCAAGAAUUUAAUGUUUUUCAUGAAUUUAACAAGCAGGAAAUGACACUGUUGCGAGAGUGGAUACUUAAUAGAUUACCUCCUGAUUAAACACAUGUAUGAUAUACCGGUAUUUCAUUCAUACAUUCUCCUAAUAAAGAUCAAAUGAAUGUGAAAUGGACUACAAGCAUGUAUAUUCAAGAUUAAUAACCCUCUCUCACAGUUGUUAUGAAGUAGAAAAUAUAAUGUCAUAUUUUUA